AUUCCGGCGGCGACGCGACGGUACGCCGGAGACUUUGCUUCGAGCUUCGAACUUCGACGCCGCUGUCUGCUUGUGACAGUCGAUCGCUGACGGGAUAGGCAUCUGGACGCUAGGUGCGUAGCUUAUCGGCGUACGGACGGACGAUCAGGCAUUAAGAAGCGUAUCACUGAAUCGCAAGGGUAAGAACAAGAACCACAAGCGGUGAUAAGGCAACAGGAACGGACCAUCUCGAAACGAUGUCGCAGACCGAACUGGACGAAACAGCUGUGGAGAAUUUCCGCGAAUACCUGCGGAUACCGUCGGUGCAGCCGGACGUCAACUAUGAUAAAUGCGUGGAAUUCAUAACUAGACAAGCACAGUCUCUCGACUUACCAGUUAAAAUUUAUCACGUACAUCCUAAAAAACCGAUUGUGGUUUUAACAUGGGUGGGAACGGAUCCUACGAAGCAAUCGAUUCUCUUGAACAGUCAUAUGGAUGUUGUUCCUGUUUUCGAAGACAAAUGGACCUAUCCGCCAUUCAGCGCACACAUGGACGAAAAAGGCGACAUCUAUGCUCGCGGCAGCCAGGACAUGAAAUGCGUGGCAAUACAAUAUUUGGAGGCGAUCCGUAGACUGAAACUGAACGGACAACGUUUCCAACGCACUAUCCACAUUUCUUUCGUCCCAGACGAGGAGAUCGGCGGUGUUCUCGGAAUGAAAGCCUUUGUACACACUGCAGACUUCAAAGCUCUGAACGUCGGUUUCGCGCUAGAUGAAGGUGUGGCUGGCCCAUGUGAGAACUUUUAUAUGUUUUACGGAGAAAGAUCGAUUUGGCAUGUCGAAAUAAAGUGUGCGGGCAAUCCCGGUCACGGAUCCAUCAUGUUGGACAACACGGCUGGAGAAAAAUUAAGAGUUAUAAUAGAUCGUUUCACAGACUUCAGAGCUUCCGAAAAAGCAAAAUUAAAUCCAGAUCUUAGAAAAAUAGCGGGUACUCUUGGCGAAGUGACAUCUGUAAAUCUUACGAAAAUUUGGGGUGGCGUACAAACUAAUGUUAUACCUACCGAGUUCGGCGCUAUGUUCGACAUUCGUAUAACGCCUUCUGUUAAUCACGACGAAUUCGAAGCUACUAUCAAACAGUGGUGCGAAGAAGCUGGUCCAGAUGUAACUUAUUCCUUCGAAGAGAAAAAUCCCAAAAUUGAGAAUACCAAACUAGAUGAAUCUAAUCCAUACUGGAUCGCUUUCAAAAAUACCUGCGAUGAAAUUGGUGUUAAUUUGGAAACCGCUAUCUUCGCGGGAGGUACAGACGGCCGUUUUGUGCGAGGGGUGAGCAUCNNUGUUGUUUGCUUCUCACCGAUGAACAACACAAAAGUACGUCUUCACGAUCACGAUGAAUAUCUAAACAAAGAUAUUUUCCUGAAAGGAAUAGAGAUAUUUACUAAAAUAAUACCAUCUGUUGCAAAUGCUUAAACGAAUAUGGUAUACAUUAUUAUGCAUCAGAUUUUAAAAGUGCCAUAGUCGAAUGUUUAGAACUACUGAUAGCUGAAUUCGAUCAUCCUACCAGUGAUAAGUGUAUUAAUCAGAAUCUUUUGAGUUUAAGAAAUCGCAAUUAAUGUGCAAUGACAUCCUAAGUCAAUAUAUAUUUCUAUAUUAUAUA